AGACAGAUACCUUCAGCCUCAACUUAAUUCCUGAGAAACAGGUGGACCUGCUUCCUCAUGCCUGGGAUGAUUGCACUGGUAAACCACUCCUUAUUGGAAACUCAACUUGCACACGAAGAAUCAAAAGGCCAACGCAGGGGAAAAAAAAAACAACCAUAAAACUGGAAUUCUAAUAUUAUCAGACAUGGCUACCAUUGGGCAAAUCAUCUUUGGGAGCAUGAUCGCUAUCAUAUUCAUUCUUGCCGGAAUCAUUAUCCUCAUUCUAGCAACGUCACUUGGAGGAAACGCAGGCUCGAUGGUAGAAAGCAGAUUUAAGUUUCCAGUCGGAAAUUUAGAUGGCGAUGUUAUGCUGGAUUGCAAAUUCAUUGCAGUUGACUCAGGUAGCAAACCAGUUACCACAAUAAUGGUUACUUGGGAGAAGGAGGGUUUGACAGGGGUCGUUCAUAAGUAUGCAAGCAACGUCAACCAGCUCCAGGAGCAGAAUCCAAGCUACAAGGACAGGACCCUGAUGUUUCCUGAUCAAAUCAACAAUGGCAAUGCGUCACUGCUGCUGAGAAACGUUCAGUGGGAUGAUGAGGGGUCUUACACGUGCUCUGUUAGUAACUCCAAUGGGCAAGGAAAGGUCAAUGUGAAUCUCAGAGUUGCAGCUUAUUCAGCUCCAAAGUUUACUAUUGAGGCCACAGGUCAGGCAGCAACACUAAAAGCUGUGGCCCAGAGGUGGUAUCCAAAACCUACUGUUUCUUGGACAGACUUUAAUGGAGCUAAUCUCACUGGGGAAACAGAAUUCUCUAACAAUUCUGCCGGAAUAUUCAAAGUGACAUCUGUUCUGAAGACGGUGAAAGUUGAUGACAGCUACGACUGCAUAAUUGAGAAUGCCUUAGUCAAAUCGGUUUCCAAUGCAUUAGUAACAGAUUCUGGAGUAACUGAGAAGAAUUACUUUAAGAUGAACAGCGCAGCCCUGCCCUUGCCUCACUGGCUGAUCUUCUCCUUUCACUUUCCUCUUUGGACGUACUGGAUACUUUCUUGAAAUGAAUUCUUAAAAAGACUGCUGCUUGUACAGAAGACCAGUAGAAACAUAAAAGACACGAUGAUCUGAUCAAGCUCUGUUUGAUCAUUUAAUUGAAGUGAAAGAUUCAGUGCUCCACAACAUUCACAAAAUGUGAUUCUUUGUAAAGACCCACAUAACUAUCUGUUGGGAAUAAGUGGGAACAAAAUGCAAUGCCUUUAAUUAUAAACUGUCAACCCCUAAGUUUUCACACCAGUGAGACCACUGCUGAAAAACCUUGGAGUAAAUGUUUAUAUGUGAUUUGGUUAAACAUGUAAAUCAUUCAAAAAGAAUACAUCUACACAUAUUUCUUUGUAAAUACUGAGAACAUUAGUUUUUAAUAUACCUUUUUAAUUAAUUUAAUUGAUUUUCAGUUUUAAUAAAAUGUUCAGUUAGUGUGUAAAUGUGAUUAUUACUAUUAUUAUUGGUCAACAUUAUGAAAACAAAGAAGUGUCAUUUUACAGAAAUACGAAACCAGUGUGUGGCGCCCCCGUCACUUUGACUAGAAUUAAGGUGAAAUAAAGAGAUAAACAUACCAUCAGUUUCCAAUUGUUCUGUUAUUUCUUACCAUAUGGCGUUUUUCUUUGUAUUGUCUGUAUAACCACUUCCACUGGCAUCAUAAAGAACAUUAUAGUUUUCGACUUUAAUAAUUACAUUCCCAUUGAUGUCCAUUGCUUUUAUU